CGCGACGCCCCCGCCGCGCAGCCGCUUUGCUUCUUGGGUUGGCAGCGCCGCCCGCCCGCCAUCCCCCCUUCUCUCCGAGAGGCGGUGAGGGGUGAGAAGGGGAGAGAGGCACGGCGGCCAUCCCUGUGGGUGCAGGGACAGCUCCGGGACCCGCACUGCGAGGAGGUCUCGGCUCCGGGUGGAAGCCCUGAGACCGGGAGGCCUCGCUCGGCUCGGGGAUCGCUUCCCCCGGCUGGCACAGAGGCACCCGCGCUGCUUUGGGCAUCCCGGCUUUUCCAGCCGAGCCGCCGGCCCGAGGGGCAGCCGGGGCCGAGGACGCUGUCCCAGCACCGCGGAGGAGGGAUGAGGACAUCCUGAACGCUCGGGACAGAGUUGUGACUCUGCUGUGCCUGUAGCUGGGAAUAGCCAUGGCAGCCCAAAAGGACAGAUGGGUUUCCUCCUUGGUUUUCCUUCUCUUCUGUGCCUCCUCCAUCCCAAAAUGUGCACGUGCCAGCCUGCAGCAGGAGCCGAGCCCCCAGCACUAUUUCAGUGGCCUGGAAGCUGGAAAAACAUCCCUGGCUUUUUUCACCCCCAGUGUUUCUCCUGGUGCCCAGCCCUUCCUGGAGCAUGUUGAGAGCUCAGCUGAGGCCCUCCAGGACUAUGGUGUUUCCGUGGUGAGGGUGAAUUGUCCCAAAGAGGAUGUCUCAAGAUAUUGUGGGAAAGAAAAUGCAUUAAGGAAAGCCUUCCUGUUCAGAGGAAACCGACUGAUCCGAGAGUUCCCCACCGAUGCCCUGUUCGAUGUGGACUCCAUCGUCGCCAACGUUCUGUUUGCCCUGCUCUUUAAUGAAGUUAAAUACAUUGAAACACUGGCAGACCUUGAGAACAUUGAAAAUGUGUUAAAAGGGAAGUCCAACAUGGUCUUUGCCUACGUACCAGCUACUGGGACAGCAGAGCACAGAGCUGUGAUGGAGGCAGCCUUUGUCUAUGGCACCAUCCACCAGUUUGUCCUGACAACUGAGGCAGCACUGCUGAAAGCCACCAGCCAUGAUGACCCCGAUGUCUCCUCUGCCUGGCUCUUGUUCUGCCACUGCCAGCGGGCCACAGAGCCAGCCCAGCCCUGCAGGAGGACAGCCCUGGCACAGCCCCUGACCCUGCUCAGCAUCCACAGGCACCUCAAGCUCAUGGGGGCUCCCUUGGUGACAGAGGUCGCUGAGGACCCAGAGAAGAUCUCCACUGUCCACCUGCAGCUCGGGCUGCCCCUGGUGUUCAUCCUGAGCCAGAAAGAGACCUACGAGGCUGACAGGAGGACAGCAGAGUUUGUGGCCUGGCAGCUCUUGGGGAAAGCAGGAGUUGCCCUUUUGUCCAGGGACCUCGUAGAUCUGAACGUUCUGCAGCGGUCAAACGUCGCCCUCAAGACACCAGAGGAGGGAAUGCCAAUCCAAUACCUGGUCUUGGAAGACACUGAUGAAGUUAUAACCCUGGUGGAAGAUAAGAGCAAGGUCAAACAAAUCCAGGAGGAUGAGCAGGAGGAGGAGGAAGAUGAGGAUGAGAAAGAGAAUAACAAUCAAGAUAUUCAGGAUGACCAGGUGGUGGAAGCAGUUUCCAGGGACAAGAAGAGAGAGCUGCCCCUGGAGCAGAUCCUUGUCCUGACAGAGGAGAACUUCCACUCCUCCCUCUCGGAGGCUGCCCGGACAGUGGUGCUGUUUUAUGCCAGCUGGGAAGCUGUGUCCCUGGCAGUGCUGCGCUCGUACUCGGAGGUGGCCGCUCUCCUGAAGGGAACCCCAGGGGUUUUGCUGUCCCGGGUGAACUGCUGGGACUGGCCUGGCCUGUGCUCCCAGGAGAAUGUCACCCAGUUCCCCACCAUGAGGAUUUACAAGGAGGGGCAGCAGUCAGUGACAUAUGGUGGCAUGUGGGGGACUGAAGAGCUGAGCAGCUUCAUCCUGCUGAGCCACCUUUCCUGCCCGCUGAAGCUGGCCACAAUGGAUGAAGCAGAAGGAUAUUUAAGAGGGGAGUUCCCACCCCAGCUCUCCUCCCACCACCACCACCCCUCACUGCUGGGAGUUUUCAGCACAGCCACCAGCGAAGCCAGGGAAGCUUUUGAAGAGGCAGGAAACAUCCUAAGUGGCCACGUAAGGAUGGGGAUGUAUUUUGAAGAUGAUGCCUUGGCUUUAUCCCGAAAAUACUCCGUGUCCCCCCCUGCCCUGCUCCUGGCCCGGAGCGGAGGCCGCAGCGUGGAGGGCAUCGCUCUGUCCAAACACAGCGUGCAGGACAUGGUGCAGAUGAUCAGAUAUGAACUGCUGGACGUUUUUCCAGAAAUCACCGUGACAAAUCUGCCCCAGUACUUGCAGCUCAGAAAACCCUUCCUCAUCCUCUUCAGUGCUGGUGAUAUCAGUCAGAUGGAAAGCAAGGAAAUGCUGAAGCUGGCAAAAGGAAGACGCCAGCAGGCGUUUGUGGCUUGCUGGUUGAACCUGCAGAGGACUCCAGUGGGACACGGGAUCCUGAGGAGUUACUUUUCCACCACGCCUUCCCUGCCCGUCCUGCUCUGGGUGAACCUCCAUGCCGGGGGUCAGGUGUUCAGGUUCCCCCCAGAGCACUCCAUCACUGAGGUGAACGUCUUGUCGUGGCUGGAGAAGCUCCAAGCAGGACUGGAGAUCCCCAGCAGUACCUUGUCUGAGGAAGACUGGAAGCCACCACUCCCUGCUUACAAUUUCCUCCAGAUGAUGGAGCCAGCCAUGCCUGAGCUGUCCCCCCACCCCGGGGACAGCCCUGCUCAGCACCCACCCAACAGCCCCGGAGGGGACACUGCCGGAGGGGACACUGCCACCCGGGAAGAGCCAUCCCAGGAGGGCACGGCAGAGGAAGUCGGCUCCCCUGGGAGGGGCCUGCGGGGGACAGCCCCGAGGCUGGCAGCCAGGGACAGGCAGGGCAAGAGGCACAGCGAGCUCUGAGAGAGGGGUGGGGAAAGGUGUGGGGCUGCCCUGGGAAACCUCGCACCUUCCCAGCCUGUUCUCCAAGGAGAGAAAUGGUUUCAGCUGUCAAGGAGUGGUGAAGGGAAAGGCCACUCCCUGCUGCAGAGUGCUGGGGGCUUCUGACGCCAGGGACGUGUCUGUACAUCCCACAUGUUGUUCCCUGGCUGCUGUUGGGAGCUCACCGAGCAACAAGCUACACUGGAAAAGACAAAUUAGCCCUGCUCUGUAGAUUCCCCAAGUCUCAGAGUCGCCCCUGAGCAGGAAGGGGUGAGUGACUCCAAGAUAAAAAGCCCAGUUCUCUGCUCCCUGGUUGCAGGAGAAGCUCUGCUAAUGUGUGACAGAAUAUCCUGUGAGUCCAUCUGCGCUGGAGCCGUGUGGAGCCAGCAUUCCACCACUCCAGAGCUGCUCCAACCAGCCCCCAGUUGUGUUUACACCUGACUUGUGACCCGAAUUCGUGAGCGUGUUCAUCCUCAGGGGGAAGAGGAGGAUCUGGUGGAAGCAGAUUUAUUCCAGAGGCCAGAGCUCAGGUCACACAACAGUCCUGAAUAGCUGGGACCAAACUCUGCCAGCAAAUCCCGAGGGUGGGCAGGUUGGGAGAUGGCUUUGCUCACUGCUGGCAUUUUCUUGGUCACAAGCCCAGGGGGUUAUUUGCAGCCUCCAUUUGUCUUUGCUCUCGGUGACAGCGGCGAGGUUGGUGCCUCCUGAGCCAGGAAUGGUGCAGGGAGCAAGGUCUGUGGAAAGCUGAGUGCUGUGGGAGAGGGGAGGGAGAUGAAGGGCAAGGCUGGACCCUUCCAAGGUGGGAUGGAGCUGCUUCACAUCCACAACUUAAGUGGGGAGAUGCAAAACGUGGGGAAGUGGAUUUCCAGCCUCUGCUCAUCUCCUGGGGACAAGAAAUGUCAGGGGGUUAAAAGCAGAUGAUCUUUAAGGUCCCUUCCAACCCAAACCAUUCCAGGAUUCCGUGAUCAUCUCACUCCCUCCAGUGAGAUGAUCACAUCUCCCUUCCACAGCACUGCUGAGAUGUGCUGGAGAGUCAGAUCCUUCUCCUACUCCUUAAGGCUCUGAAAUUAGUGGGGAGAGGAAAAACUGCUGUUGAGGGUCUGCUGAGAAUGUUGCAGACUCUGUAUUUCUCAUUCUGCAAGCAGCACACAUGGCUGUGAGCCUUUUGAAAUACCCAGAAAUAGAUCAUUAGUCCUGGGCUCUCCUGGAAGGCCUUAAUUGAGAGAGAACAUUUUUGGGCUGAGUGACAGGCUUUGAGCCAAAAUGUAUAUAUUUAAAGGAAUAAAGUGCAGCCUGCUGAUCAAAGGCAUCAUUCCCAAGGGAA